CAAGCGGCCGGUCUUUAAAAAAAGGAAUCCUUAUGCCAACCGAUGUAAUCAAGGCGAAGAAUUAUCUCUUAUCUCUGGGCAUACAUGGUGAAAUUCCCAUGGGAUCAGAGAGGAUGGAGAUGCGAAAGAGGCAGAUGUCGGGGCAGCAGGAGUUGGUGGCGGGAGGCACAACGACGGGAACGACGCCAGCCCAAAAUGAGCAGGCUGGUCAGGGUGAGCGUCCCUCAAAUGCCUGCUGUUUCUGCUGGUGCUGCUGCUGUAGCUGCUCAUGUCUCACUGUUAGGAAUGAAGACAGGGAGGAGAGGAACCGGAAAGCCUCGCACGACGUCAAAGCUGAGGACCCUGGUGACUGUGAGGAGAGUCCAAAGCCCACUAUGGAUGAAAUGUGCUCAUGGGGGCAAUCCUUUGACAAGCUGAUGCAUUGUCCUGUUGGACGUUGCGCCUUCCGGCAAUUUCUGCGCACAGAGUUCAGCGAGGAAAACCUGCUCUUCUGGCUAGCUUGUGAAGAGUUCAGCAAGGAGACCAACAAGAGCAUCAUCAAGGAGAAGGCUCUCCUCAUAUAUGAGGAUUACAUUUCCAUCCUCUCACCCAAAGAGGUGAGCCUGGAUUCACGUGUCCGGGAGGUAAUAAACAGAAACAUGCUGGAGCCCACUUCUCACACAUUUGAUGAUGCCCAGCUCCAGAUUUACACGUUAAUGCAAAGAGACUCGUACCCACGCUUCAUGAACUCCCCUGUCUACAAAAACCUCCUCAAGAGCGUCUCGGAGCAAUGUCCCGAAUCAUAAAAUCUCUGUGAUCCCACUCGAAUUCUCCCUUCCCUGUCCUCAUUUUGGGUUCAUUUUUCAUUACGUGGAGUUUGUUUAAAAGGACCUUACAGUGGGUCCUCCCAGGGAUUUUCCACAUUAGAGAUCUGUACCUGAACAAGACACUCAGGUCUCCAGCUCACUGGAAUUUUAAAACACUGUCUCAAAUCUCCUGAGGGCUCAAUACCACAAGUACUGCUACAAAUCAACAUAGCAAGAAGCUCCAAAGGAUUAUCAGUGCAUUUUCAUAUUUUUAAGACAAAUUAUCUAUUUAAUUUGUGUUUUUAAUUGUUUUAAUCACGUUAUUUUUUUUAAAAAUUUACUUUCAAAGAUUAUGUGAUGCCCAAUGUGGGUUAUUUACAGUAUACACAUUAGAUAUAUUUAUGAAUUUAUAGUAUUUUUCCUCUUGUCUUAGAACAUUUUAAGAAAAUGGAAUUAUGGGUACUAGACAAUACGGAUGAGAAUCAAAGAUCAAGUCAAGGCAACACAUCAGCUUUACUCAAAGGAAUCUGUGUGCUGCCCGAUAUUGUUUCAUGACCUGUUCGUGCUCAGAAUAGCUUAGCAUGUCUAAUCGGAAUAAAUCUUUCUUACUUAUUGUCAAAUCACUAUUUAAUCAGUCAGUGAAACCUUUACAUUUCUGAUAAAAAAAAAAAAGUAAAAAUGAAAUCUUAAAAUGGCUUUAAAAUCGGUGGCUAUUAUAUUACACCCUACUACAAUGCAGUCUGUAGGUAAACACGAUAGUCCUUGUAUUUCAGACUUAAUUAUCUUGAACCUUCUUGAUACUUGGUAGCAGUUGUGAUAAUACCCUCUGAGAUCAAGUUCCAAUCAUUCUUUCUUUAAUACAAUCUUGACAAAAGCUGUUUUGUGUAUGAAUUAUUGCCUCACCAAUCUAGAGCUGGUGAAGAACCAACUACACAACCAACUACCAAAUUCCUUCUUGGUAAUUAUUCUAUAGUUUUGUCUUCUUGACAUGACUUUACUUGGUUUACCUAAUGUGGACAUUCAUUCAUUUCUGGACUUUAUGCACCAAACCAAUGUUUUAUUUAAAAUCCUGGCAUUACCUGGUAAAAACCUUCUAGUGUCCAGUUACCUCCAGACCUCACAUGAUGACUAAUCUUAUAUCUUAAUCUUAUAUCCAAAACUGUGCAUCCUAGAAAGCAGGCACAAAACUAUACUAAUGUAAACUUAAGUAUUAAAAUAAUCAUAAUGACUUAUAGCUGUCUUGAGAUGAGUAUAAAAACUAUUUUAUCAAAUAUGUUUAGGUUUAGAUCAGCA